UUUUUUUUCAAUCUUUAUUUUUACUUGCUAAUAAACGUUGUACCAGCUGCCGCCUGGUAAAUGCUACUUCACCUUCCGUUUGGUGGAAUGCAUCCAACGGUUGACGUUUUCCUAUCAGAACAAAACUUGAACUUUUCCUACUUCGUGAACCGCCUGCCAUUUCGCCUGUUUAAAUGUCCUGCUGAAUGUUUUAUUUUUUUCUGGAAACGAAAACAACCUCUUCACAGUCAAAAACCAUCAAUUCUAUCUAAUCUUUUCCUUCUUUUUCCAAUUUUAUUAUAUAUUCCUUAUUUUCUCAACUCUUUAACUUAUACAAAUUCCUGCGUAUCCCAAUUGCUGUUUCUUUUUCAGUCAUGGGUGUUUCUCCGAGGGUUUUCCCACCGAGAAAACGACGGCCGUCGGCCGGAGCAUUCAUAUCUCCGAAAUUGUCAGGGCGUAAACUCGUUCAAUCUCUUUAUGUUUUAUCUCAAGAAAUCUCAUCUCUCAAACCUCCCGAGUUUCUUCUAAAAAGGAACUCUGUUUUUAUCAUACGCAAGGCAAAGCUGUUGGCUGUCUUAUUCGAAGAGCUUCUGGGAAAUCGGGUUUCUGCGUUUUCGUCUUCUUCUCUUCUCUGCUUUGAAGAAAUGUACAUAGUUUUGCAACGAAUGAAGAUGUUGAUUGAAGAUUGUUGGAACGGGAGCAGGAUGUGGCUGCUUCUGCAAAUCGAAAUGGUGGCUAAUAGUUUUCGCGAGGUGACCAUGAAUUUAUCGACUCUGUUGGAUAUUUUGCGUUUGAAAGAGCUGGAGUUGAGCCAAGAUGUUGAAGACGUCGCCGUUUUGAUUAGAAAGCAAUGUUCUUCUCGUAGCAAAUCCUUUUCUCUAGAUCCGAGAGAUGGUGAUCUACGGCUAAAGGUUUUAACGAUGCUCGACGAAAUCAAGAGAGAGAUCGUUCCAGAUCAUUCAAAACUCAAUCUAAUUUUCCAAAGCUUAGGUUUACGCGACGCGUUGAGUUGCAGAGAAGAAAUUGAGAGUCUUGAAGCCGAAAUUCAGAAUCAAAACGAUCAAAAAUCAAAACAUCUUAUUGUUGCAUUAAUCGGACUCGUUCGCUACUCGAAAUGCGUUCUUUUCGGCGAGUCAAGUCAAAAAUCGGAUGCAAUUCGGCUUCGGAGAAAAAAAUCGGCGUCGGAGGCGAAUGUUCCGGCGGAUUUUCGUUGUCCGAUAAGUCUUGAGCUGAUGAAGGACCCGGUUGUCGUGGCAACUGGACAGACGUAUGAUCGCGAGUCGAUUAAUGUUUGGAUUGAAUCAGGACACAACACGUGUCCAAAGACAGGUCAGACCCUGGCCCACACGAAUUUGAUACCCAACAGUUCUUUGAAGAAUUUGAUAGCUAUGUGGUGUCGCGAGCAGAGAAUCCCUUUCGAAUACGAGUCGAGUAACGAGAAAGUUAACGGAGUUAUCACAAACAAGGCGGCUUUAGAAGCUACCAAGAUGACGGCGUCCUUUUUGGUUAAUAAAUUGUCAACUUCUCAGUCAGUUCAGGCAGCAAAUGAUAUAGUUUAUGAACUCCGUGUGCUUGCCAAAUCCGACUCCGACAGCCGCGCCUGCAUAGCCGAAGCGGGGGCCAUUCCUUUACUUGGGAGGUACCUAGGUUCGGAUGUAGGUUCGGAUCUUCCAAACCUCCAAAUCAAUGCCGUUACAACGAUCCUUAACUUGUCCAUUCUUGAAGCAAACAAAACAAGAAUCAUGGAAACGGACGACACAUUAAAUGGAGUAAUCGAGGUGUUGAGAUCAGGCGCCACAUGGGAAGCGAAAGGCAAUGCAGCGGCUACUAUAUUCAGCUUAUCAGGCGUACACGCGCACAGAAAGAGACUUGGGAGAAAGACACGUGUCAUAAUGGGUUUGAUGGACUUGGCAAAGAAUGGACCCACGAGUUCCAAGAGGGAUGCUUUGGUGGCAAUAUUGAAUUUGGCGGGAGACAGAGAGACGGUCGCGAGGUUAGUUGAAGGCGGAAUUGUAGAGAUGAUAAGUGAAGUGGUUAACGUGUUGCCGGAAGUGUCGGUAACAAUACUAGAAGCGGUGGUGAGGAGAGGUGGGUUGGCGGCGACUGCUCAAGCUUACAAUUUGAUUAAGAAAUUGGGGUUUUUGUUAAGGGAAGGAUCUGAUACAACAAGGGAGAGUGCAGCGGCUACACUUGUGACAAUUUGUAGAAGAGGAGGAUCAGCAAUGGUGUCGGAGCUUGCAGUAAUGCCCGGAAUCGAGAGAAUUAUUUGGGAAUUGCUGGAAACAGGAACUUCAAGAGCUCGAAGAAAGGCGGCGACGAUCUUGAGAGUACUCAGAAGAUGGGCUGCAGGGUUGGAUGUAUGUACUUCUUCUGUAAUCAGUACCACAACAAUGAGUUCUUCAACAGUUCUAUUGCCUAGCUAACAGAGUAGUGGGCUAGAAUGAGUUGAUAAAUUUGUUUGUUGAUUGGGAAUGCUUGGAAAAAUCAAUUUAGUUGGUUCGUUUGCCAGUGUAACAAUAUCAUUCUUUCAUAUGUCAAAUACAUUCUUUGUUCGGAUUGAAA